AUGGAGAAAUAUUCACGAUGGCGGGAUGCCGGAACUGGUAUUCAGCCUUUUCUACCACCAGUGCCUCCCCGUAUAGAAUCUAGUCUUUUAUUGGUGCUUUCCAAUGUCAUUCACUACGUUGUUGGACCAGUGCUGGGCGCCAUUAAGCUGGUUCUUAUUGCCAUUCUAGUUCUAUGCUAUAUACUUUUCGUUAAGUUAUUUGGCUUGAUACUUAUCCCUCUCGGACCGGUUCGUCGAUUGUGGUGCAAAGUUUGGAAUCUUAUCUUAAUACGAACGACCCUGUUUGUGGCCGGUUUCUUUUACAUCAAGCAUGAAGUAGUCUCGACACGUAAAAGCCGUGGUGAUUCUACAAAUGCAUAUGAGAAGAUGCCCACACCGAGUUCUGGUGAUAUCAUCGUUGCGAAUUGGACUUCUUAUAUCGACAUUUUGUAUUUAGCGUAUCGAUUUAACCCGGUUUUCACGCAGAUCUAUCCCGCCGAGAAUAAAGUUUGUGAGAUUUCCAUGUGGCAAGCAGUACGGUUAUGCAGUCAGUUUCCUGCAUUAAGUGCGGAGGAAAAAAAGGUUCCGCCAAAUCGCCUUUUUACUGUCAGCGAAUUGGUUCAAAGGGUCAGUGCUCGACACUUGGGACCCAUUGUCGUGCUUCCCGAAGGAACGACCACGAAUGGACGCGCUUUGCUAAAGUUUAUCCCGAUAUUCGCGAAUUACGAUUCAGAUCGAUCCCGCAGUAAAUUCCAUGUACUGGCAUUCAGUGAGGAUGUACUGGGUGAGCGUUUAAUCACAUCGCUUGGUAACAUCUCGAGACUUCGAAAAACGAACCUGUCGAUUUCGGAUAAACGCGAUUUUUUGCAAUACUACAAGACAAGACAAAGCGGUUCGGCCCCCAAAUCUUCCAAAAAGUCGAAUUAA